UGUGAUGUUUUGGUUUAGAAGAGGGCGCUGUAUCGUUCCUUUCCAUGUGCAUUGCGUAGAAAUAUGUCCUUUUAGUUUGGUUGAUGUAAUACCAGGACACUUGGUUAGUUAAGUCUAAAGACUUGGAUAGAAAGAGACAUUUUCUUACAGUGAUUUGAAAUCAUGGAUCAUCAAAACGCUGGGUAUUUAAAUGUUUAUGGUCCACCGAGCGCUUCGGCACAAUUUCCGUAUUCUCCAAGAGGAAACUUCGCUCCAGUGUCACCAUAUCUUAAUUUUGACCCAGCCUACCUAGCUCAGAGUGGACCAGAAUGGAUAUUUCCUGAGGGGGCUUCACGUCAGCGUGGAAGAUUUGAAUUAGCUUUUUCCCAGAUUGGUGGAUCAGUUAUGACUGGGGCACUCCUUGGUGGCUUCAAUGGCUUCUACACAGGCUUGAAAGAAACAGCUGCUGCAGGACAUGUUGGCAGUGUUAGAAGAACACAAAUGCUGAACUAUAUAACCAAACGAGGAGCAGGGAUUGGUAAUACUCUGGGUGUUAUAGCUGUUAUGUAUAGUAGUUUUGGAGUAAUUUUCUCACUGGUUCGUGGAGUGGAUGAUGAGCUGAACACGGUAUCUGCAGCAACAGCUGCUGGUCUUUUGUAUAAAUCAUCUGCUGGCCUUAGAAGAUGUGCAGUUGGAGGAGCUCUGGGUUUUAGUUUGGCAACAGCUUACUGUUUAUGGACUGGGCGAGAUAGACUACAACAGAUGUUUUCACCAAGCCCUGCUUGAUUUUAGUCCAGGAGAAAUUCAUUUAUGUUUUAGGAAUUUGAACACAUUCAUCCAGAGUAUUUAUCCACACCAUACAGGAAAACUUUAAGGAAACAUCUACAUUUUGGUUUCUUCAUCAACCUGAUUCCUCCUAGGAUAAAAAAUAUGUAGAAUUGGCACUUGUUUCCUCCAUAGAUUAUCAUAACAGAAGUUUACAGGGAUUAAUUAUCAUAGAAUUUGAAACUUUUCUAUUUAAAUUCUCUUCCUGAACAGACUUAAGAGAAAUUACAUUAGUCCAAGCUGUUUAAGGCAUGAAAUUGACUCUGACUUAAUUACUUCAAUCUGAAAAGUUUUUAGGUAAGAAGUGUUAGAAUACAUUUACCCAUUAUUAACAUCCUGAAUAAACUUUAGGAAAAAAUUGGUUUUGUAGCAUUAUGUAAUUAUAUAUAUAUAUCUCAGUUACAUUGAUGCUAUUUACUUUAAAAUGACAUGUUGUAAAACAAAAUAUUAUAAAUGCUAGUACAUUUCAUAUGGCCUACAGAUUACAAUUUUACUGAAAAUUUAACUGUAUUAUUUACUAAUCAUCACUAAUGUCUCAAACUUCCUAAAUUUUUGUACCUUAGAAGAAACAGCCAUUUACAGACUUCACUCUUAUUUAACAUGCCAUCUCCAUAAUUAAGGGAUAUUUUUGUGAACUUACUAUUUACUCCUUGGCCAUGUCUUCUCUUAAGCAAGUUCAGCUAUCCUAAGUAGAAUUAUACUUUUGUUGUGUUUCAGCAGUAAUGUUUGAGAGAAAUUUCUAAUUUUUUUUGUAGACUAAAAUUUUUUGUAUCACCUGCCACUACUGCAAAAAUUACAUGAACAAACAUUUUUCAAGGUGUUUCAUCUUAGGAACUUAGUUUAAUUUCCUAAGUAUUGUUUUUUUGUCAUACCAUAAUUUCAUGGAAUCUUAAUGGAAAAUGUAGGUAACCUUUUGAAUGUCAAAUGAAAAUCAAGUAGUGUUUGGAAACUUCACUUUCACUGUCUAUAUAUUUUUUGAAUUAAAAAAAAACUUUUUACUUUUGUCAUCCAUAGGGCAAGUGAAAAGUUUAGUUAAAAUUACAAAAGUGCUGGUUAGAAAAUGUUAAAAAUAAAGAACACUUUAUUCAUAAGAUUUCAAUAUAUUUAUUUUAUUAUACCCCCACACAAGACAUAUAUGUACAUGUAAUUAACAUCAUGUUCUGAGGUUCUGUAAACCAUCAUUUUAAAUCACAAUUUACAGGGACCCUGUAGUUUUCAAAGAACACUUUGUUAUAGGAAACGUCCACAGUGCAUCUGACAGAACAAAAGACGCUGGUUUUAAUUUUAUGUAGGAAAUGAAAACAAAAGGCUUUAAACUAAUAUUUAAAGAUUCAAUUAUGCAAUGUUAAAAUGGUUCGCCAUCAAAAGUUACUUUAUGCACGUGCAUUACAUCUCAGUAAUACGAGGUAUGUUGAAAAACAAAAAUUCUUUACAACUCAACCAUAUUAUUUUAUUACAGGCCUUAAUUCAUUCCAUUGUGUCUUUUGACUGAAAUUUUUUAUAAGAUAUAAGUGAAUAUACUUCACAAAUGUUAACCUAACCAAUCUGGCUCUGAAAAACUGAACUUUCAACUUGAAUUGUUUUUAUUCAGCACAAUCAUGUCACAUGUACACGAAAAAGUAAUAAUGUUAUACAAGUAUCCUAAUUGUUGAUGCACAUCAAAAACAAAGAUGCAA